AUAUUUAUAUGUGAUUUUUGUUUAUAAUCAGCGUGUUUAAAUCAGAGUGAAUUGGUUUAUAAUCAGUUGAAUCUUGAUGUGAUCAGACCGAAUAUAAAUAUUUGCUGUAUGUGAUGUUUGUAUUAGCUGUCUGUUUUGCACUGUGUUAAAUAGCGGCUCUUUUAUUAUCAGACACAAUGUGAAUAAAGGAGCAAAGUUUACAGCAUUGCAGAUACUACUCCCUUGUAAUUCAUGUGAAUGGAGAUGUUGAUCAGUGAUGGAUCCGUCUGAAGGGAAAAAUACAAGACAGCAUAAUAUAUAAAGAAUUAUGAAUGACCCAGUGAUGGACAGAGAGACACCGUGGACAACCUUACACUUAGAAGAUGGUUUGGAUUAACGUCUGCUACACUCAUCCAAAGUCAGUCAGUAGUGUUUUAGCAUCAAGACGGCUCAGCUCUGCACUUCCAUGGAUGUGUGCAGCAGGAACCCAAAUCGCACGGUGCCAGUAAAUGAUGGCCUUCCCAGACGAGCCAAUCUACCUCUGUGCUCCCGGACAAACGGUUGGAGCUGGCCUCCACACCCCUUCCAGCUUUUGGCAUGGCUUCUGUACCUGUACUUUGCAGUCAUAAGUUUUGGAGUGUUCAUCCCACUACUGCAGUCAUACUGGAUCCCAGCUGGCUACAUUUGUACAGGCAUCACGUUUGUCUGUCACCUGCUUGUGCACUUGGCGGCCGUCUCCAUUGACCCUGCGGAUUAUAACGUCAGAGCAAAGAGCUACAAAGGACCUGUGCCAGUGUUCGACCGUACCAAACACGCACAUGUUAUUGAGAACUGUCACUGCUACUUGUGUGAGGUGGAUGUUGGCCCAAAAUCCAAACACUGCAGUGCCUGUAAUAAGUGUGUGGCCAGUUUUGAUCAUCACUGCCGGUGGCUGAACAACUGUGUGGGCAGCAGAAACUACUGGGUUUUCCUGAACAGUGUGAUAUCAGCUCUGCUGGGCAUUUUUUUAGUUGUGAUUAUCGCCACCUAUGUUUUCAUCGAGUACUUUUUGGACCCGUCAAAGCUUCGAUCUGACAAACACUUCCAGCAAGUGAAAAAUGAAUCUCUGGUGUGGUUUGUGUUCCUGCCGGUGGCUCCAGUAUCCACAGCAGGUCCAGCCAUCCCUGCACUGGCAGGAAUAACCAUUGGUGUGGGACUUCUCUCCUCCUUACUGCUCGGCCAUUUGCUCUGCUUCCAUCUCUACCUGAUGUGGAACCGGCUGAGUACGUACGAGUACAUCGUUCGACAGAGACACCGACAGGAAGCAAGGGACACCAACAUGGGCCAAUCAGGAGACGAGGCUGGGGUUCCCAAAGCAAAUCUUAUCAAGCAUGGAAGUUACUCAGGUCCUCUAGGCUACACCAAUCCUGAAGUGCAGCAUGGGGGUCCUACCACCAUCAACUCACAGGGGAAUCCUGGCAGGAUCAGAAGUUCACCAGAGAGAAAACCUGAAGAUUUAUUCUCUACAGUCUCCAGUGAGCAGAAACCUGAACCUCGUCCUUUCAAAAACACAAAGAAGAAAAAGAAAAAAGUGCAUAAAAUACCAGCAGACGUAAUCAGUGACCGAGCCUCAGAGACGAGCACCGGCAGAGACAUUGUACAUGACUCAGCUAAGCCAGAGUCCUCUGUAGCUGCUGCCACUCUGUCCUCAUCUAUAAGCCAGCACCUUCCUUUCCCAGCAUUCCCUGUGCGGGUGACCCUACCCCCUCUGGCUCCUGUGCAGGCUGCAGGCCCCCCAGCUGAGUAUCACUCUGAUUCUGCAGAGUCUCUGGAAGAGAUCCCUGUGGCACUGGCGCGCCUGGGCACUGCCACCCCAGCACGGAUGCCCCGCUCUACUGUUCUCCAUUCUUCGACAUUCCAGCAGACCUUGGCUCCUUCAGGUGCCCGUUUCCUGCCCUCUCCUCCACCCAGGACCAAGAGGAAGGCCACGGCUCUCAAGGCAGCAGAGGAGGGAUUUGAACUGGCAUCUCAUCAUCCCAUUGUGUUUGUCAGCAGAGGAAGCGGUGAGCCCACUGUAACCGUAGAGGGUGAGGAGAAUGGGAUCAGUGCUGGGGAAAAAUGCAAACACAAAAGCAAAAAGAGGGGCACAGAGGAUGCAAGGCUCAGCUCUAAAGUGAACAUACCAGUGGCAUAGGGCAAUGCCAACUGUGCUCCUCGUUGACUUCAGAUGUUAUGGGAAUUCAAAAACAAUCGACCACACUGUAGAAGUUCUGUUGAGAUAUAGCACAGAAAGCCUGUACACCUAUGCAAGCAGCACUGACCGAAUGUUGCCAUUCAGACUGGACCAGAGUACUUUUCACUUCAGACUUUUAAUAAUGUAAUUUAUUCAUGAUGGCUUGAUAGGACACACGUAGCACUGCAUUGUUUUACAAUUUGCAAUAGCAAUUUUUUAACUUUUUUAACUUUUAACUAAUUUUUGUCAUCACUUAUUUAUUCAUAUUGAAUGCUAAAGGUUUACUGUUGCUCUGUAGUUCAGCGAACUUCAUCAGUAUCUGUACAGCUCCACUAAAAAUUUCCAUUUUGUUGAUUAGGUUGUUUCUUAGGCCACCACUAGCUUUAUUGUUUUUUUUUACUGACCAUCCACAAUUUAAACACACAUUUUAGAACAAAAUUGCUUCUACAGGCAAAAGUCAGGAUUUAUUGUGACAUCUCUCUAUUUCGGGAAGACUGUCCUGAAGUUUGCUUAAGUAUUUGUCUGGUUUAUUGUACAAGGCUUCUUUCAGCACUUCACAGAGUUCCCAUGUUUUAUUUACUUAUUUCGAAUUAUUCAGGUCUGGACUUUGUGAAGGACAGGAUCGCCAACACCACUAGCAGAAAUGCAGCCCCAAACCAGGACAGACUCUCCACGAUGUUCCUCUAACUUCUCUUUUCACAUAUUCUCAAUGUGACCUAAAUAAUUGAGAAAGAAAGAAAUAUUUAUAUAUGGUCAUUAUAGCCUUGCUAAAACAACAAAUCUAGUGGUUGCCUAAUAAUCUUUCUAAGCUAUAGAAAACUAAAUUGGAUUUUUGUGAGUUUAGUCCCAGUUUAUGAAGCAUUACUUUGCACAACAGAAGCGCUCCGUCUAUUUUCAUCAAUCAUGUGUGAAAUCUAAGUAAUUGUGUUGUAAUAUUCAUUCUGUUUAAUACUAAAUCACUUUAUAUCUUCUAUUUCACUUGGUCAUUAUAAACAGGAGCUUUUUUCUGUCCUUACACA